GAGGAAGCAUCACCGUCGACAAUUCGAGCUUCAUCGACACUAACCAGCAGCCACCAUGCCUACCCGGUUUUCCAAGACAAGAAAGCACCGCGGCCAUGUGUCCGCCGGUAAGGGUCGUGUCGGCAAGCACAGGAAGCACCCGGGUGGUCGCGGUAUGGCCGGUGGUCAGCACCACCACCGCACCAACCUCGAUAAGUACCAUCCUGGUUACUUCGGAAAGGUCGGCAUGAGACACUUCCACCUUCUCCGGAAUCACCAAUGGGCCCCUACCAUCAACAUCGAGAAGCUCUGGUCCCUCGUCCCCGCCGAGACCCGGGAGAAGUACAUCAGCGGCGCCAAGACCGACUCCGCUCCCGUUAUCGACCUUCUGUCCCACGGCUAUGCUAAGCUCCUCGGCAAGGGCCGGCUCCCCGAGAUCCCCGUCGUCGUCCGGGCGCGGUACGUAAGCGCGGAGGCGGAACGCAAGGUCACGGAAGCUGGUGGUGUUGUUGAACUGGUUGCUUAAGUCUGGCGCGGUACGGUUAAAUAAAGGACAAGCGAUUUUUAACAUUUUCGGUUACGAGGGAAAACCGGAUAGUGAACCCAAUGGCAACGGAUCGGACGGUCAGACGUCGGCUAUGAAUGCUAGGUCCCGGAGUCCUGGUUGGUUCCUGGUGGGGUGAUGAAAACACUCCCCAUAUUGCAGCAUUAGGGAAUGGGAUGUUCAUUUGCAUCAUUUGGAGGUUUAUGGCUAUCUUGUGUUGUUCCGACGUCGAUAUCGAAGUUCAAGCAAUCGAGUUCCGACGUUCCGGUCGAGA